GACUCCCUUUAAAAACCUAUCAUCCCAUCCAUACACAAAUCCAUGUGCCUGUAAUUCCCAAUUUUCUUGGAAAGUAAUACUGAACCAUUGAGGGCAGGGUUGAGAGAAGUUAUAUAAAUUCAGUGGGGAAUGAAUGGGAAAAAGGGCAGCGUGGAGAUCGAUAUUCCACCACCUAAUAAAGCCAAGCAACCGGAAGAUGGCAACAAAUCAGGCUUUCAGGGCUUUCCCUGCAAAGCUUGGAUAUGGAGUGCUUGGGAAUUUUGCAAAGACGACGUUGAUAGGGUAAUAUUCUCGUUUAAAGUAGGAUUGGCUGUUCUACUUGUUUCAUUGCUCAUACUUCUACGAGGAGCUUAUGAAAUUUUUGGUACAAACAUCAUUUGGUCAAUCAUCACUGUUGCCAUCAUGUUUGAAUAUACAGUUGGGGAAACUUUUAAUCGAGGAUUCAACCGAGCACUUGGAAGCUUGCUUGCUGCAAUAUUGGCUAUUGCAGUUGGUGAGUUAGCUCAACUUACAGGCCGAAUUGCUGAGCCGAUAAUAAUCGGACUUAGCAUCUUCCUUAUUGGGGCUAUUACUUCAUUCGUGAAACUAUGGCCACCGCUUGUACCUUAUGAACAUGGUUUCCGGAUCAUAAUCUUCACCUAUUGCUUCAUAAUAGUCUCUGGAUAUCGAAUGGGGAACCCGAUCAGAACUUCCAUGGAUAGGCUGUACUCUAUUGCCAUUGGAGGUUUUGUGGCAGCUUUCGUGAACGUACUUGUAUUUCCUAUGUGGGCUGGGGAGCAAUUACACGAAGAGCUAGUCAACAGCUUUAACUCAUUGGCUGACUCACUUGAAGAAUGUGUGAAGAAAUAUUUAGAAGAUGAGGAGCUAAAUCAAGCUGAAUUUUCUGAGAAAGUAAUGGAUGAGUUCCCAGACGAACCUGCCUACAGAAAAUGCCGAACCACAUUAAACUCUUCUGCCAAAUUGGAGUCCUUGGCUGACGCAUCAAAAUGGGAGCCCCCACAUGGCCGGUUCCGAAACUUCUUCUAUCCAUGGUCAGAGUAUGUCAAAGUUGGGGCAGUUCUUCGAUACUGUGCUUAUGAGGUUAUGGCACUACAUGGAGUUCUUCACUCUGAGAUUCAGGCGCCUUACAACCUCCGAAUCGCAUUCCAGUCAGAGAUCCAGGAUGCAGCAAACCAGGCAGCAGAGCUAGUGAGAAGCUUGGGCAAGGAUAUUUGGAACAUGAAGCGAAGCCUCAAAACCUCCCUGUUAAACAGGGUUCACAGCUCAACCGAGCGACUCCAGCGUGUCAUAGAUAUGCAUUCAUACCUGCUCACCCCUCAUUAUGACCUUCCUGAUAACUCUUCUAACCCAGUUCCAAAGCUUUCUCAUGUUCUACCAACAACCCCGUACGACUUCCUAGACCAGGACGAUGAUGUUUGCAGCACAAACCAUGAAAAAAGCUCAAAUCACUUGACACAAAACUUGACAGAGUCGUACUAUGAGAUGAUGAGGAAACAAUCACGAAGGCUGAAUUCUUGGCCCUCUAGCGAGGUGGAUCCUUUCGAAAAGGGAGGGGGUUUUAGAAUAGGCAUUUUGCCCCAGAUGAGAGCAGUGAAGAGCACCGCAGCAUUAUCACUUACCACCUUUACUUCGUUGCUCAUUGAAUUUGUAGUUAGGCUUGAUCACCUGGUGGAAGCAGUUGAUGAACUUUCAAAGAUGGCAAAGUUCAAGCAUGAGGAUCUAUAGAGGGGGAAUCUAAACAUGUAUGCAGAACUCAACUUUCUCUUACCACACCAUGCAUGAAUAUACCAUUCCAAACGAGGAGAAGAGGGAGAAACUACAGGCAACAAGUUAGACAUGACAGCCUUCAGUUUGUAAUUACAAUGUAUGGUGGUAAAUGAAAACCAAGUGCUGAUA